GGUACCAAAAAAAGAAAGGCUCUCAAUAAAUUGCCCAGGCUGACCUUGUAGUUGCCUCAGCUGCCCCUGUAGCUAGGAUUACAGGUGUAUACUACUGUGCCUGGCCCCCCAAAAAGUAAUUUUUAAAGCUGAACAACCUUUGAGGCUGGCAAGGAGUAGAGGCCAGCUCCUCCUUACGUGACUCCGGCCUUGUCUGCCCCCUCUCUGGAGCGCUUCCUUUGUGGAUGCAGAUCCCUAUCCCGGGAAGGGAUCUUCCCUCUGUUGCUCAGGCCAAGCCCAAUUCCCUGACCUGUUCCCAGGGGGUCUGUAGGAUCCACAGAGAUGCCCUGGGGUAGCACAAAGUGUCGGGCUUGUGUGAGACAGGCUGGAGCAGACACUUAACCAACUCUCAGAGUUGUGCUUUCCCCAUCUAUGACAUGGGGACAGCUCCUAGUUUCUGAAGUCGUGGUGAUGACUCCGUUAGAUAAUUAAGUAAAGGACCAAGACAAGAACUCAGAACAGAAUGGUCCCUUAGCAAACACCACAGCCCUGUCCCAGCCCCUUUCACUUUAACCCUCACAACACAGGGAGGGGCAGGGAUUUUUUUUAAAUCUACAUUGAUUACUUUGCAUAUCUAUCAUGAAAUAUCAUUUGGUUUGGGGGAGCUUUGUUUUGUUUGGAAUAGGGUCUCACUAUGUUGUCCAGGCUAUCCUUAAGUUCCUGGUUUCAAAAGAUCCUCUGGCCUCAGCCUCAGCGUCCUGAGUAGCUGGGGCUAGAUGUGUAUGACUGCUUCUGGCAGCCUUUCAUUUUUAGUUCAUCAGACACUGUCCCUCUGUCACUUACAGAGCUGACCAGCACACAAGAGUGACUGUCAGGAGUCACUCGAGAGUUGAGUGCUAGGGCUGUCGCUUAUGUGCUAGAGCUGCUUGCCCUGGGACUCCAUCCCCAGUAGGGCACCUCCCCAUAAAAAGAGUUGGUGCAAAAAAAUAAAAAUAUAAAAAAUAAAAAGUCGGUGUGAUCUCAGCCCCAAGGCAGGGAUACUUCACCCGCGCAGGCUCGUGGGUGCCUCCUGGAUGGCCACAGGACACACAAGGGUUUUCAUAAUAUUGAAAUUAGCUCAAGAGCCUAUUCACGUGUAAGCCCCAGGGCUCCUGAUUCAUAAUCUUUUUUUAGUCACCUACACUUUAAAAAAAAACCUAACAGCUUUGUUGAGGAGUAAUUCACCUAUUUAAAGUGUACAGUUCCGUGGGUUUUAGUAUAGUCCCAGAGCUGUGCGGCCAUCACCAAUUUAGGACAUUUCCAUUAGGAACUCGUAUCCAUUGGCCAUCACUCUGGACCACUGCUCACAGCUCUAGGCAACCACUAAUUUAUGUACACUUCUGAAAUUCUGCUUCUCAGGCGGGUGGUGGGGGCUUGUUCAUAACUUUGUGCCCACAAUUUCAGGAGCUACCUAGGUUCCCUGAAGUUUAUCGAAGACAUCAGGUUGAAGAAGUCAGCUGUAGUGGAGACCUCUCACCCAAUGGGCAUCAGAAGUCCAGAGAGGGCAAAGGUCAAACCCUGUGCGACCCAGGAAACCCACAGCAGGACUGUACCAACCAUCUCCUUUCCGUGGCUCCCUUGUGACAGGGCUCCCAUGAGGCUCUUCGUUUGUUUUAAAGAAAGAGGGCUAGCCACUUUUCACUGAGCUCCGGUGCUAUGUCAGGCACCUUUCUAGGUGUUUAUCAUAGAGGUUCAUACUCUUCACCAUAGUCCUGUGGUCAGCAUUAUGGUCACCGUUUGAAAGAUGAAGAAACUGAGGCUCAGAGAGGUUGCUGAUAAGUGUAGGGGCUGCAUUAAAACUCAGGGCCAAUGACCCUAGGGGUUGUGAUCUCCCCGCUGCACUUGAUUGCUGUCCUCACUCAUCAAUGGAAGACAGAGUAGCCCUCUUCCUCCUCACACUUGCCCAGCACAUUCAGAGUUCCUGAUUUCUGGUAUUAUCCCCCAAGAAGGCCAUGCCCACCCCUGUACAGGAGAGGAAUAGACAGAGGAGUCUGGGGAGCACAGGGGACAAGAAACAGAAGCAUCAGGAAGAGCCCAGGAGCAGCCCUGUCCUCAGCUCCUGCCCCAGUGCAGCCAGAUCCUUGGAGGUGAUGUGGAUCAUCGUGGGCGUGAUCCUCCUCUACUACAUCCUCGGGGUCAGCGCCUUGAUUGGAGCAGCUGUCAUCAUUCUGCUGGCUCCAGUCCAGUACUUCGUGGCCACAAAGCUGUCCCAGGCCCAGCGGAGCACUCUGGAAUAUUCCAAUGAGAGGCUGAAGCAGACCAACGAGAUGCUGCGCGGCAUCAAGUUGCUCAAGCUGUACGCCUGGGAGCACAUCUUCUGCUCGAGGGUGGAGGUGACCCACAGGAAGGAGAUGACAAGCCUCCGGGCCUUCGCCGUCUACACCUCCAUCUCCAUUUUCAUGAACACGGCCAUCCCCAUCGCCGCGGUGCUCAUCACCUUCGUGGGCCACGUCAGCUUCUUCAAAGAGUCUGACUUCUCACCCUCUGUGGCCUUUGCCUCCCUCUCCCUCUUCCAUAUCCUGGUCACUCCGCUGUUCCUGCUGUCCAGUGUGGUCCGCUCUACCGUCAAAGCUCUGGUGAGCGUGCAAAAGCUGAGCGAGUUCCUGUCCAGUGCAGAGAUCCGCGAGGAGCAGUGUGCUCCCCGAGAGCCUGUGCCCCAAGGCCAGGCCAGCAAGUACCAGGCAGUGCCCCUCAAGGUUGUGAACCGCAAACGUCCUGCCCGGGAGGACUGUCGGGACCUCAUGGGCCCACUACAGAGGCUGACCCCCAGCGCAGACGGGGAGGCUGAAAACUGCUGUGUCCAGAUCCUUGGAGGCUUCUUCACCUGGACCCCUGACGGAAUCCCCACACUGUCCAACAUCACCAUCCGCAUCCCCCGAGGCCAGCUGACCAUGAUCGUGGGGCAGGUGGGCUGCGGCAAGUCCUCACUCCUCCUCGCCACGCUGGGGGAGAUGCAGAAGAUCUCAGGAGCCGUCUUCUGGAACAGCAGCCUUCCUGAUGGCGAGACAGGAGAAGACCCCAGCAGCCCAGAGCGGGAGACGGCGUCCGACUCCGACAUCAGGAAGAGAGGCCCAGUGGCCUAUGCUUCUCAGAAACCAUGGCUGCUGAACGCCACUGUGGAGGAGAAUAUCACCUUUGAGAGUCCCUUCAACAAGCAACGGUACAAGAUGGUCAUCGAAGCGUGCUCCCUGCAGCCAGACAUCGACAUCCUGCCCCACGGAGACCAGACCCAGAUUGGGGAACGGGGCAUCAACCUGUCUGGUGGUCAGCGCCAGAGAAUCAGUGUGGCCCGCGCCCUGUACCAGCACACCAAUGUCGUCUUCUUGGAUGAUCCUUUCUCAGCUCUGGAUGUCCACCUGAGUGACCACUUGAUGCAGGCCGGGAUCCUUGAGCUGCUCCGGGACGACAAGAGGACAGUGGUCCUGGUGACCCACAAGCUACAGUACUUGCCUCAUGCAGACUGGAUCAUCGCUAUGAAGGAUGGCACUAUCCAGAGGGAGGGCACGCUCAAGGACUUCCAGAGGUCUGAGUGCCAGCUCUUCGAGCACUGGAAGACCCUCAUGAACCGGCAGGACCAGGAGCUGGAGAAGGAGACAGUCGUGGAGAGAAAAGUCACAGAGCCACCCCAAGGCCUGCCCCGUGCCGUGUCCUCAAAAGACGGCUUUCUGCAAGAUGAAGAUGAGGAGGAAGAGGAGGUGGCCGAGAGCGAGGAAGACGACAACCUGUCCUCCCUGCUGCACCAGCGAGCCAAGAUCCCGUGGCGCGCCUGUGCCAAGUACCUGUCCUCCGCCGGCAUCCUGCUCCUGUCACUGCUGGUCUUCUCCCAGCUGCUCAAGCACAUGGUCUUGGUGGCCAUCGACUACUGGCUGGCCAAGUGGACCGACAGCGCCCUGACCCUGAGCCCUGCGGCCAGGAACUGCUCUCUCAGCCAGGAGUGCUCCCUGGACCAGACCGUCUAUGCCAUGGUGUUCACCGUGCUCUGCAGCCUGGGCAUCGUGCUGUGUCUGGUCACCUCUGUCACCGUGGAGUGGACAGGACUGAAGGUGGCCAAGAGACUGCAUCGCAGCCUGCUGAACCGCAUCAUCCUAGCCCCCAUGAGGUUCUUUGAGACCACGCCCCUUGGGAGCAUCCUGAACAGAUUUUCAUCUGACUGUAACACCAUCGACCAGCACAUCCCAUCCACGCUGGAAUGCCUGAGCCGCUCCACCCUGCUCUGCGUCUCGGCCCUGGCCGUCAUCUCCUAUGUCACACCUGUGUUCCUCGUGGCCCUCUUGCCCCUGGCCAUCAUGUCCUACUUCAUCCAGAAGUACUUCCGGGUGGCAUCCAGGGACCUGCAGCAGCUGGAUGACACCACCCAGCUGCCACUUCUCUCACACUUUGCUGAGACCGUGGAGGGCCUCACUACCAUCCGGGCCUUCAGGUAUGAGGCCCGGUUCCAGCAGAAGCUUCUCGAAUACACCGACUCCAACAACAUCGCCUCCCUCUUCCUCACGGCAGCCAACAGAUGGCUGGAAGUCCGCAUGGAGUACAUCGGUGCCUGCGUGGUGCUCAUUGCAGCUGCCACCUCCAUCUCCAACUCCCUGCACAGGGAGCUCUCGGCCGGCCUGGUGGGCCUGGGCCUCACCUAUGCCCUCAUGGUCUCUAACUACCUCAACUGGAUGGUGAGGAACCUGGCGGACAUGGAGAUCCAGCUGGGCGCCGUGAAGCGCAUCCAUGGGCUCCUGAAGACCGAGGCGGAGAGCUACGAGGGGCUGCUGGCCCCAUCACUGAUCCCGAAGAACUGGCCAGACCAAGGGAAGAUCCAGAUCCAGAACCUGAGCGUGCGCUACGACAGCUCUCUGAAGCCGGUGCUCAAGCACGUCAACGCCCUCAUCUCACCAGGACAGAAGAUCGGGAUCUGCGGCCGCACGGGCAGUGGGAAGUCCUCCUUUUCCCUGGCCUUCUUCCGCAUGGUGGACAUGUUCGAGGGCCGCAUCGUCAUUGAUGGCAUUGACAUCGCCAGACUGCCACUGCACACCCUGCGCUCGCGCCUGUCCAUCAUCCUGCAGGACCCUGUCCUCUUCAGCGGCACCAUCCGGUUUAACCUGGACCCAGAGAAGAAGUGCUCGGACAGCACACUGUGGGAGGCCCUGGAGAUUGCCCAGCUGAAGCUGGUGGUGAAGGCGUUGCCUGGAGGCCUCGACGCCAUCGUCACAGAGGGUGGGGAGAACUUCAGCCAGGGCCAGAGGCAGCUCUUCUGUCUGGCUCGGGCCUUUGUGAGGAAGACCAGUAUCUUCAUCAUGGACGAGGCCACAGCUUCCAUCGACAUGGCUACGGAGGACAUCCUCCAGAAGGUGGUGAUGACGGCCUUCGCAGACCGCACUGUGGUCACCAUUGCGCAUCGUGUGCACACCAUCCUCAGCGCAGACCUGGUGAUGGUCCUGAAGCGGGGCGCCAUCCUGGAGUUGGACAAGCCAGAGAACCUGCUCAGCCGGAAGGACAGCGUCUUCGCCUCCUUUGUCCGCGCAGACAAGUGACCUGCCAGCAACCAAGUGCCAUCUCCUCUGCCAUCUCCUCGUACCCUCACCCUGCCUCCACCUCACCUGGUUUUUUGAACUGUAAAUCACU